AUGCCUUCGAUUUCAUUUGCAUUUAGAGUGGGAUUAAAUACUGUUUCUAAAAUUAUUAGUGAAACAUGUACAGCUAUUUGGGACGUUUUAAGUGAUCAAGAAGAAUUUGAAACACUGUGGAAUUUUCCUCACUGCAUUGGAGCUAUUGAUGAAAAACAUAUUGAACUUCAGGCUCCACCUCAUAGUGGCUCUACAUUUUAUAAUUACAAGGGUACUCAUAGCAUUGUUCUCUUAGCUGUAGCAGAUGCUAAUUGUUGCUUUACCAUCGUUGAUAUUGGAGCAGAAGGAAGACGCAGUGAUGGUGGCAUUUUUUAAGAAAGUGAACUUGGAUAUCGAUUAGAAAAUGAUAAUCUUGAUUUGCCAGAACCAGAGUCAAUUGUGGAAAAUGGACCUAAGUUGCCGUCAUAAUCGUGAUGAAGCAUUUGCCUUGACUCGUUAUAUGCUACGUAUCCUCGGUCAAGUAAUUUAAGUUUAGAAAAAAAGGUAUUCAAUUAUAGACUUAGUCGAGCUCGAAGAAUAAUUGAAUGUUCUUUCGGAAUUUUAUCGGCAAGAUGGUGAAUUUUUCGAAGACUAUUGGCAACUACUGUAGAGAAUGCAAUUUCUAUAGUCAAAGCAACAGUUUGCUUGCAUAACUAUUUAAUAAAAAAAGAUUUAGAUGUUCCUUUAGAACAAAGACAAUAUGCCACUGAUAUUAAUUUACAAGACAUAGUUAAUUCUAGUGAAAUAUUACAAUCUGAAAAUAAUAAUAUGUUUCUACGUGGUGGACAAAUUCAAAAUGCAUUCACUGAAUAUUUUUGUACUAAAGGAAGUAUUGAACAGC